UGUCAUCUGCGUCUUGUUACAUUUUCCAUUCUCUUUCAAUUUGUAACCAGUAUGUGUAGAAAGGUGGUUUACUGCUUAUUAUGGGCUAUGGUUCUGCAGGUUUCAGCACAGUCGUGGAGCCAUGCAAAUGCCUUCUCCUGCCGAGAAGCCUCAAAUUUGCUGAGUCCAUGCUUGGCGUAUCUGAUGGGCGGAUAUAGUAGCCCGACCGCCGAGUGCUGCCAGGGCGUUAGCGCACUCAAGAAUACGGUUAAGGGGAAGGCCGACCUCAGAAGUUGCUGCGAGUGCAUGAAAGAGGACGCGUCCGGCUUCCAUUUUAUUCCCGAGAGAGCUGCGGCGCUCCCCAACAUAUGCAAAGUCCGUCUUCCUGUGCCCCUUAACCCUGAAGGCGACUAUACUGAUCGAUGUGUGUCUGAUGGAAGUGAGCUGCAUGCAAAGAACCGAAAGGUCAAAUUGGAGAGAAUUAUAAGAGAGCAACAUGUAAUAUGUAGAGUUGGCUGCAAUAAGAAGAAAAACAUAUGA